AUGUACGUGCUCACCGUACUUGCUCUCGCGUCGCUUGUCGUAGCGUCGCCGGUCUCCCAGGAUUUCACUACUCGUCAUGCCCUGCGCGAAAUUCCUUCGGGUUGGACUAGAGUCGCACGGGCUCCUGCAGACCACAACAUUGAUCUACGUGUUGGACUCAAGCAAGCUCGCAUGACGGAUCUUCUUGCUAUCCUCGACGAGGUGAGCAACCCAGCAAGCACGAAAUAUGGAAAACAUUUAUCGAAAGAGGAUGUCGAUAAGCUUGUUGCUCCUCGCGGUGAAAGCGUCGAGUCGGUUGAAAAAUGGCUUCGGUCUCAUGGUGCCACGGUAUCGGGGCGCUCUUCAGCCGGCGACUGGAUACAUGUCACUGUUCCUGUAUCGCGUGCAGAAAAGAUGCUGGGUACCAAAUACAAUAUCUACCGCCAUACCUCUGGGACCCAUAUUGUUCGCUCGGAAUCCUACGCACUACCACGCUCUCUUGAUUCCCAUAUCGAUGUUGUUCAACCAACUACAUAUUUUGGCCGGAUCAACGAGCGUAGUACAGCCGAGUCCUCUUCCGAGCUUGAGAAGCGUGCAUCGACAGUGUUCGUGCUUCCUGAUUCCGAGGAUGAGAAGCUCAAGCAAGUUGCCGAGGAGCCGGCUGGAAAGGUGGAAGCAGCCGUGCCAUCAAGCUGCAGCUCGACCAUCACUCCAGCUUGCUUGAAGGCGCUAUACAAGACCGAUUCGUACACACCCAAGGCCGGAAACUCUAGCUCAAUUGGAAUUACCGGUUAUCUUGAUCAAUACGCAAGCAUUUCCGACCUUCAGACCUUCUACACUAAAUUCGAUUCAAGCGCAGUAGGAUCAACUUUCAGCGUUGAGCUCAUCAAUGGUGGAAAGAAUACCCAAACCAACCCGGGCAUUGAAGCCAAUCUUGAUGUUCAGUAUGCGGGAGCUAUCUCUCAUCCAAUUCCGCUUACAUUUUACUCGACUGGUGGCUCUCCCCCUUAUAAACCCGACUCCAAUACGCCUACCAACACUAACGAGCCGUAUUUGGAGUGGGUCAACUAUAUGUUGAACAAAACCACCCUCCCACUUACCAUUAGCACCAGUUACGGUGAUGACGAGCAAACUGUUCCAUUGGACUAUGCUACUCGAGUUUGUAGCUCGUUCGCCCAACUCGGAGUGCGAGGUGUCAGCGUCUUGUUUUCUUCUGGUGAUGGGGGAGUCGGCUCUGGUACAUGCAAGACGAACGAUGGCACAAACCGUACUCGUUUCCAGCCUAUCUUCCCGGCGUCUUGCCCCUACGUCACUGCGGUGGGCGGAACCUACAAGAUUGCUCCCGAGGUUGGCGUCUCGUUCUCCCAGGGCGGAUUCUCAGACUACUUCGCCCGCCCAAGCUAUCAAACUUCUGCGGUGUCUACUUUCCUCGGUUCUAUUGGUACCACUUAUUCUGGAUUGUAUAACACGACCGGUCGUGGGUUCCCGGAUGUGGCUGCUCAAGGGAGAUCCUUCCAAAUCAUUCAAAAGGGGUCAACCACUUCAGUUGCUGGCACUUCAGCCUCGGCACCAGCAUUCGCGGGUGUGAUUGCUUUGCUCAAUGACUAUCGUUUGUCUCAGGGUAAAUCGCCGUUGGGUUUCCUUAACCCAUGGCUUUACUCAAGCGCGGCCUCUGCCCUCAACGAUAUUACAUCGGGAAGUAACCCAGGGUGCGGGACCAACGGGUUUACCGCCAGAGCCGGAUGGGACCCUGUAACUGGCCUCGGCACUCCAGACUUCGUCAAGCUACAAGCUGUCGCGUAG